AUGGCUUCAAGACUUAUUUUGCAAAAGAAAAGGAACUUUUUGUUUACUCAACAUACUCGCUUUAUUCUCGGAUUCUCGAGUAUUGAAACUGGUCAGAUAUUUGAGUCUAGUGAAUUAGAUGGUUUGAGUCGGUUUCCCUUCUCGACAUCUACAAUUACCGGACACCGACAUGAACAACGGGAAAGAAAUUUAUGUACUGUUAACAAAGAUGAUUUAGUAGUUUCUUCGGCGUCAAGGUUUUACUUGCGUAGACCCUUUGGAGUCCGUUACAUUUCCGCGACUUCCACUAUUCAAUCUGGAUUGAGUAGCAGUAGUGGUGGAAAUGAACAAUCUGUUACUAAACAGAAGAAGGAAGCUUCACCAGAGGAGUGUGAUGAGGCUGUUGAAGACUUGAGUACGGUAAAAGCUAAAGCUAAAGCUAAACAAUUACAAGAAGAGCCCCAUAAGAGUACUGAAUCUAUUGUAAAGAGAUUAUGGGCUAAGAUUCUAGGAAUUGGUCCAGCUUUCAGAGCUAUUUUGUCAAUGAGCAGGGAUGACUGGGCAAAGAAGUUAAAUCAUUGGAAAGAUGAAUUUAAAUCUACUAUACAACACUAUUGGUUUGGUACGAAACUACUAUGGGCCGAUGUUAGGAUAAGUUCCAGAUUAUUGUUGAAACUUGCCGAUGGAAAGCGUCUUUCUAGAAGGGAGAGGCAGCAACUCACAAGGACAACAGCCGAUAUUUUCAGGCUAGUUCCAUUCGCUGUAUUUAUCAUAGUUCCAUUCAUGGAGAUUCUAUUGCCUGUAGCCCUGAAACUGUUUCCCGACAUGCUGCCUUCCACUUUCCAGGAUAAGAUGAAAGAACAGGAGGGAUUUAAAAGAAAGCUAAAUGCAAAAAUAAAAUAUACCGAGUUUCUUCAAGAAAUUCUUAAACAAAUGUCGGACGAGGUUAAGAAUUCACAAAGUGGAGAAAUGAAGAAGACAGCGGAAGAUCUUGAUGAAUUUAUGAACAAGGUCAGAACAGGUGCUCGAGUUACAAAUGACGAAAUAUUAGGCUUUGCCAAAUUAUUUAAUGAUGAUUUCACUUUGGAUAACAUUAGCAGGCCUCGCUUGGUAAAUAUGUGUAAAUACAUGGGUAUCAGCCCAUAUGGCACAUAUGGCACUGAUGCAUAUUUGUUAUAUAUGCUCCGCAAAAGAUUACAGGAGAUAAAAAAUGAUGAUAAACUGAUUCAAGAAGAAGGUUUUGAGUCUCUUUCAGAAGCAGAGCUUCGUCAAGCUUGUAGAGAUCGAGGAUUGCUCGGAUUGUGUUCAGUGGAGGAAAUGCGACAACAGCUUAAUGACUGGCUGGAUCUGUCUCUCAACCAUUCAUUGCCAUCUUCCUUCUUGAUUCUUUCUAGAGCAUUUUACAUCUCAGGAAAGGUAAAACCAGAGGAGGUUGUUCAAGCUACACUCUCUGCUAUGCCGGAUGAGGUUGUGGAUACUGUUGGUGUGACAGCUUUGCCAUCUGGAGAUUCUGUUUCAGACAAGAAGAGAAAAUUAGAAUAUCUUGAAAUGCAAGAGGAGCUAAUCAAGGAGGAGGAAGAGAAAGAGGAAGAGGAGCGGGCCAAAGUAAUAGAAUCUAUUGGUGGCGAAAGAAAUUUGGCUAAGAAAGAGAUGGCUUCAACGGCCGAACAAGCACGAGAAGAAGUAAAGGCGUUGGAGAAGCACGAGCAACUUUUUGAGAUCAGCCAAGCAUUAGCUGUUUUAGCAUCAGCAUCUUCGGUGAGCAGAGAACGUGAAGAGUUUUUUAGGCUUGUUAAAAAGGAGAUGGAGCUGUAUAAUAGUAUGGUAGGAAAAGAAGAUACUGAAGGUGAGCAAGAAGCUAAGAAGGCCUAUAGAGCUGCAAGGAAGGAUAGUGAUGGUGCUUUGGCGGCUGAUAUUAAUGACAAGGUUUCUUCAGCACUUGUUGACAAGGUUGAUGCUAUGCUCCAGAAACUUGAAAAAGAAAUUGAUGAUGUUGAUGCUAAAAUUGGAGACUGCUGGCGGUUGCUAGACAUGUUUUUUCUUAGUUAAAUACUUGCUUGAAAGAACACCAUGAUUAGUUACUGUUGUUUUCUUUAUGUAAAUAAUGAAUGUUUGAUAAUGACAUUUUACAAAAAAAAAAAAAAAAGCAGUUAGCCAAUUUCAAUGGCAAAAUUCAUUUAGGACGUCAUGCUUGCGAGGGGAAUCCUUUGAUCCAUUAAUUACUAUUAUUUUUAUUUGUGACCUGUUGUGAGGAGAUUAAAGAACUAAAUCAAAACUGACGAGUAACAUUUUCAAAUCAGUAAAUUUACAAUUCAUAAA